UGUAAGUCUAAUAAGUCUCUGUUCGUAAGGGCGUCUCUAUCUGCACUGAAUAUAUCUGAUUGGUCGAGGACCGCGACGUAGCCUAGUUUUUGAUUUCACUUUAGAAAAAGCAUCCCUGCGACGUACUUGAUGAAAAAAGUGAAAGUUUGAGGUUGCAAUGGCCAAGUACGAGAAAAAGCCAGAGCCCGGAGACCUCAUUGAAAUCUCCCGAGGCUUAUACCAGCACUGGGCUAUUUAUGUUGGUGAAGGUUAUGUGAUUCACCUGGCACCACCCUCUGAACAUGCUCAUGCUGGGGCCAGCAGUAUCAUGUCAGUACUACACGAAAGAGCCACAGUGAAAAAAGAACAACUUUAUGAAGUAGUUGGCAAUAAUGAUUAUCGUAUCAACAACCUUUUGGAUGAGAAAUAUAAGCCACGUCCUGUUCGAGCGAUUCUAAGGGAUGCACACAGUUUUUUGGGAAAAGAACGUCCAUAUAGUGUGAUUACAAAGAACUGUGAGCACUUUGUUACAGAGCUGAGAUACGGAAAACCAGAAUCGCGCCAGGUGCAAGAUGCAGUGAGGACUUUGGCUGCAGGGGCUGGUGCAGGGCUCGGCUUCCUUAGCAUUGCUUACGCUGUUUCAGUCUUUCUUGGUUCAAAAGACAAAGAGAAGCAGACACAAUGAACAGUGAGAAAUGAAGAUCUAAAAGUACUGGAUUAUUUAAAGCAAGUAAAUUGUUUGUUACUUUUUAUUAACUUUAACUGAGAUAAACCAUUAAACUUAAAUGUAAAAAACUUGGCAGCCUUAGCUUUAUGAGCUUUAUAAAACUUUUUUUUCUAAUAGAAUGUAAAUCUAUUGUGGUGUAAGGUAACUCAAUAAAGCAAUGUGUCCAUA